UGGGCGGGCGAGACGCUGGGGCGGCCGGGGCGUGCGGCCGCCGACCUUCAGCCCCCACUGCUGCGGCACCGCCGCCCCGCCGCCCCUCCACAGUGCGCCGUGCUGCCCGCCUGCCUGCCUGCCUGCCUGUCCAGCUGCCGGCCUCGCCCCGCGACCCGCCGCCGAGCUGCCCGGUGAGCCGCUGCCGCGGGGGAAGGGUGGUGCAGCCCGUUCCAGCGGCGUGCCCCGCUGAGGGGGCCGCCUGGGCCCGACCGGUGCGCCCGGCGGGGGGACAGCGGCCUGGCUCCGGCGGGGCCGGGAGCCGGGCCUGCCUCGGGAGCGCGGAGGAGCGUGUGUCGCCUGUCUUGCCACGGGUGUGUGGAUCAACCUGUCCUCACUGAAUCAUCUCUUUAAUCACACUGACUUGACAGCCGUUGUAUGCUAGCGUGUCCGACCGAGGUGCUCCUGAUCAAGCAGAUCUUUCAAGGGACCCUUCAGAAAGAACCUUUGGUGGGUGAAAGAUGUGCCAUGGGAUGGUAGCGCCGAAGAGCAGCACAGGGUCGUCUCUUGCCUUGGCCAGCCAUGGGUUGCUACUUCUGCUAGUUGUCUUUGGUACCUUUGUCUUGGAAGCAGAGGCCACAGGUUGGCUCAGCAAAUCCAAAGGACCUGCAUAUUGUCCCCAGCCACCACAGCCUGAGAAUGGAGGCUACAAAUGCCACCCAAGCCCCUGCAACAACCCUCUGACUUCAGGCAGCGUCAUAGAGUACCUGUGUGUGGAAGGCUACAUGCUGAAAGGAGAUUAUAAAUACUUGACCUGCAAGAAUGGAGAGUGGAACCCAGCUAUGGAGGUCAGCUGCAGGCUCAGCCCGGAGAAGGACUCUCCUCCAGCGAUCGGCGUACCCACGCUCUCCAUAGUGGCCUCCACAGCAAGCUCCGUCGCCCUGAUUCUGCUCUUGGUUGUGCUGUUUGUUCUGCUGCAGCCAAAGCUGAAGUCCUUCCAUCACAGCAGGCGAGACCAAGGUGUGUCUGGAGAUCAGGUCUCCAUCGUGGUGGAUGGCGUCCAGGUGGCAUUGCCGUCGUACGAGGAAGCAGUGUAUGGCAGCGCAGGGAACUGCAUCCCACCCUCGGACUCCCGGGUGCAGAUCGUGCUGUCGGAGGGAGCUGGGCAGAAUAGAGCCAGAGAGAUGCAGCAGCAGGACCAAGGGGCUUGCAAUAGCUUUGAAAGAGAAGAUGAGGCCCCGGGACAUUCUGGACUGUGUGAAGCCAGCGGCUCGCGGCGCUCUGAAACCGUUCUUGUGCAUCAGGCUGCCACCUCUUCCUGGGCGGCUGGCAUGGCUGGCAGCAGAGCUGUGCACAAAGAAGUGCAAGAUUCAGAAAGCAGUGACAUACAGAGCCUUUUAUCACUCACUUCCUCCGAGGAAUACACAGAUGAUAUUCCGUUGUUGAAGGAAGCAUGAGGCCUGCUGCGUUUGUUCAGCCUUCUCCCUCUUGGAUUUCUUCCUCCCUCUCUUGCACCUGCCUUCAGGACAGAAGCACUCUGUGCAGCCUUCCCCAUCCUUGCAAGCUGUGCCCCGGAUACCUCCGAGCAGAGAUGCCCUCAGCUGAAGAUCCAAAGGAUGUUGCCAGGUUGCCUCCUGAAUGCACCAGUGGAGUUGGUGCAGCGCUGGCUUCCCCAUUCCAUCAGCAUCAGGGGCUCAAGGAACAGAGUGGAUCUGAGCUCUACUCUCCUCUUCCCCAGCCAGAUGUUUGACAGCAGUCUCUGAAGAGCUGCUCUUUUCUCGUGCCUUUCUCCUCCUCACACUGGCUUGUUGCAGCUUAGCAGCCUUUCCAGCCCUUCUGCUGCCCGGAGAGCAGGGGCUAAAGCUCCUUGCUCACUGCCUGCAGACACAGUUUAUGUCUAGGUGUAUAUGUUACGUAGGCUCUUUUCUCAGCAUCCUCUGUCACAGGGCCAGACGAAAUGCGUCUCUGGGACUGAAGCCGGGCUUGAGAGGGACCCCAGCGAAGGGGCAGCUUGUGACGCCCAGAAGCGCCUCUUGAGAUGGACUGUGACAGCUGAGCUGUGCAGUAACAGCUCGCUGAGAGUUGCUGAAGGCUGAGCAGUCAGUGUGUGAACCACCUGCAGGAGUCCCUUCCUCAAAUAGCCUCCUUCUCCUUCCUUCUCUGCCCAUGCAGCCUGCUUAAUUGUGCUGUUUGUAGAGGCUAGGACUGGGGCCGUACUGCCAACAAAGCAGCCCCCUUGGCUGCCGGGUGGUGCCAGAGCAGCUCCUGGGAUUAGGUUGUCAAAGAGCCGUGGAGAGUUGCCAGUGGUUAGCAAGGUCCAGAGAGCUCCGAGGAUGUGACUUGGAGUUCACCCAGCCCUGUGUGAACUCUGAGUUGACCCCAUUGGCCAAGAGACACCAGGGCUGUAACCAGCCUUGUAGCCCUGCUCUCCCGAGCAAAGCUGUGCAUCUCAAAGCUUUUCCAGUUCAGGUGCUCCUGCACCUAAUCUUGGGUUCCUUUGGACAGAUCUCCAGGCAGAGGCAACACUUACGAGGUGUGAUCUAGGUAACUACUCUGUCAGAGGCUCACGUGUCCUGCCAGCAUCCUACAGCAGGUGUCUGCUGUUGUAUCCUCAUGGGCUUCCCUAGGCCCACAGAAGGGCUUCUUCCUUGUGGCUGAGGGUGAGCAGCAGUUACAAGUCUCUCAGAAACACCGCACAGUUGCCUGUUCCUGCGAGGGGAGGUUGGCCACAUUGACAGCAGUGCCAGAGGACACCAUAACUUAUUCUUUAACCUCUGUUUUGAAGAUAUUUCAAGUUCUGAUAGCAGGGAAAAGAAAACCCAAAACUAUCUAUACCUCUGCCCCCUGCCAAAAGCUCUCCACAGCAGGUGAGAGUAUCCUGGUUGCUGUUACUAGGACUCUCUUUUUUGCAGGAGGCCACAUUUCAUCUGGGGUAGGUGAUCACAUGACAAAAAGCAUUCUCUACACCCAGGAGGUCUGGACACUCUUCUGUGGGAUUGGUUUCAGCAAGAAGUUGGUCUCUUAGAUGCAUGUUCCUUGUCAUAGCUGUCUUGAAGUAACCAGGGAAGUGUUUGCCCUUGAAGAAGCUGCUAAAUUUUUGAGUUGAAGGAGCAAAAUGUCAUGGCCUUACACAUCAUGUGGUAAUGUACAGGUAAAUAGGGAUGCUGUCUUUGCUGCUUUGCUUUUGGUUUAUGAUCCUCACCACCCUCCUUGCUCUAGGAAUAUACCAUCCUGGCACUUGGUACAAGUGCCACACCACCUUUAUGCAUAGAAUCACUUUGUCUUGGCUCCAGUUCCUGGACGCAGAGAUUUGCCAUAGCGUCCAGCCACCUCCUGCUGCUUCCAUUCCUGAUUAGCUGUUAAAUCCCAGGGCAUCUGUGAUGAGAGCACAUGCCUGUGGAUGGAAGAACCCCAUUUUCCCUAUCUAUGUUUCAGAGGGAUGUUACUGAUUUUAAAAUGCAGUACUCAAACCCUCCCUCCCUGUUGCUGAAGUUACCUUGCACUAACAGGAGGCUAUGAGAAAUGCCACGUGGGUGACGUUCUGUUCCCCUUGGCUGGUGACACUGCCACCAGUUGUUUGGCAGUGGCUGCAGGGUCUCAGCUUCGGGCAUUGUGGAGGGCAAAGGUCACUUACAUGUCUGCCACUGGAGUUUGGGGAAACAAGUAUGGGCAGGUCUGUGUGUUGGUUUUCUCUCCCACCUUGGACGUGGUCUAAGCUCAAGCAAAUGUUGUCAUCCACUGGUUUAUCAGGACCAAUGGAGGGGGCAAGUGAAUGUAGUCAUAAGGGAGUGUGGAGGGAAACCUAUCUGACUUCCUACCCAACCAUGUAGGUCUUACUCAAACUGACCCUCAGCAAUCAAGGUGUAGAAGUAGUGUAGGUGCUGCCUUCCUGCAAGAGCCAGAGCUUUGCCUCCCUGUUAGCAGUGCUUGCUGAAGGCUCAUGCCAAGGCCUGACCUUGCCCUGCGCCAGUGCAGGAUGCAUGCACUGUGUCGCCCUGCCUCCACCCUCUGUUGUUGUAAAGCAAGCAGUGCCAGCUGGGAGGAGAAAAUUCUCACUGGGAGAAGAGCUGGGAGAAAGCUGCAAGGAAGAGUGUUUUGAUUUUGUUUCAUUUAUAGAACUGUGGGAAACAGCUUGAAUCAGAAGGGGGAGAGGUGUGGAGGUGGAGGGAAAUAUGCAAGCGUAGAUCUUGAGAUCAGGCAUAACAGGCACCUCCUGCUGGCUUGCUGAGGGUAAACCAUCAGCUCCCGGGCCAGGUUCUGCUGUGCAGUGCUUGCAGAAAAAGCCUGUCCCUUGCAGCAGUGCUUGCAGGAACAGGGCCCAAGGACUUGUGCAAGCCAGGACAUGGAACGUGGUCUGUGGGCAUCACAUUGGUCUUAAUCACAUCUUCAGCUUUGGAGCUGACUUCCAUAUAACAUGAGACAGAAUGGCUGCAGGGGAACCCAAAAGAUGUCUACUUGACAGUUUGUUUGCAAGGGGGAGGGGAAACACAGCCUCACCUAACUGAUUGUAGAAUCAUAGAAUCAGUCAGGGUUGGAAAGGACCACAAGGAUCAGCCAGUUCAACCCCCCUGCCAUGAGCAGGGACACCCUACCCUAGAGCAGGCUGCCCACAGCCUCAGCCAGCCUGGCCUUAAACACCUCCAGCCAUGGGGCCUCAACCACCUCCCUGAGCACCCCAUUCCAGCCUCUCACCACUCUCAUGCUCAACAACUUCCUCCUCACCUCCAGGCUGAAUCUCCCCACCUCCAGCUUUGCUCCAUUCCCCUCAGUCCUGUCACUCCCUGACAGCCUAAAAAGUCCCUCCCCAGCUUUUCUGGAGGCCCCUUCAGAUCCUGGAAGGCCACAAGAAGGUCA